CUGACUGAAAGACGCAGAGGAAGAAAAUACACAGUCAUGUUUAGACCCUGAACAACAACAACAAAAAACUGGGUUCAGUACUUGAGCUGCAUCAAAACGCAAAGUUAAUGCUGGGGUUUUAAUGGGAGCAUAUUUAAUAAUUAAAAAAAAAUGUUAAAUGACAUCUUAUCUGGGAAUGAAACCGGCGACCUGGCUUGUGGAGACAGACAAAAGGAUGAGUCGAAGGAGCAGGGCUUUAAAGCUGCAUGCGGGAGCCCCUCUUCCAGGUUUCUGCAGGCUGAACUGGAGCUGAACGUUCACCUCGGGGGGCUCACGUUCAGCGACCCCGUCCGGUACAUCUACAACCCGCUGGAGUACGCCUGGGACACCCACCGCUGCUAUGUGGAGACGUACUGUCAGCCUGGACAAAAGAUCCUGUUUUUGGGGAUGAAUCCUGGACCUUUCGGAAUGGCACAGACAGGGGUCCCGUUUGGUGAAGUGAAGUCAGUUGUUGACUGGCUGAAGAUCACGGGGGAGGUUGGCCACCCACAAAACGAGCAUCCAAAGCGACGGAUCACGGGGCUCGCCUGCACUCAGAGUGAAGUGAGCGGUGCUCGUUUUUGGGGGUUCUUUAGAAAACUGUGCGGUGAACCUGCGCGCUUCUUCCAGUACUGCUUUGUGCACAACCUGUGCCCAUUAAUCUUCAUGAGUGACAGUGGGAAGAAUUUAACACCCCCUGAGCUCCCAGCAGCUGAACGGGAGGCCCUGCUGCGCCUGUGUGACAUUGCACUGUGCCAGGUGGUGGAGGCACUGAAUGUCUCCAUGGUGAUUGGCGUAGGAAGGGUGGCAGAGCAGCGGGCGCGGCGAGCUCUGUCUGCUGCAGGUGUCAACGUGCGAGUUGAGGGCAUCAUGCAUCCAUCGCCCAGGAACCCGCAGGCUAAUAAGGGCUGGGAGGAUAUAGCUAAAGCCAAACUGGAGGAACUUGGUGUUCUGUCCCUACUGAAUAAUACUCGAGCCAAUCAGCAUUCACCCUGACAACAGGAUCAGGACGUGCGGCGUUGAUUUAAGGCUUUGAGCCUCACUUCUUUCUUCACAGCUUCAUCUAAACAAAUGCUGCCAGCUCCAGAGAGAACAUGUAACACACUACUGCUUUCCACAACUGUUACCACAAAUGCUGUAAACACAUGUGCUCGACACCUGCAGUUGCUUCUCUGAAGAUCUGCCUUAUUUCAAGAUGAGGCUUCUGCAGUGUGGCAUUAUAGUAUAGACCCAGAAAUAUUUCUACACUAAUGUGACUGUAUGGUGCUUUGAGUGAAACCUUAGGUCAAGAUGUAUGUGAAUAUUUAAUAUUGUAGAAUUUUUAGUUUUGGGGUAUUUUUGUGCUGGUGUGUGUGUGUGUGGGUUUGUUUGUGUGUGUGUGUGUGUUAAGGCUGAUAAUUCUACAAUUGAACCCUACAGUUAAAGUUGAUGGGCCCAGCUUAUCCUAAUAUUAAUCAGCUAGUUAAGAUGUGAGCUCAGAAUUUUAAAUAUAAAGACAGUUUUAAUGGAAUGAUAUAAAUGACACUAGCAUAAUUAGAUUGGAAUAGAAAAGAUCAGAAUGGCUCUAAAUAUAAGGAAUUUCAAAAUAAAGUUAGUUGGCUACACCAGACAAAUAUCUUAAACAGUAACUGCAAGUCUGGCUUUUUUUUUUUUUUUUAAAUAUUAUAAAAAAGUUAAUUGGUGACUCUAAAAUGGCCGUAGGUGUGAAUGGUUGUAUCUCUGUGUGUUAGGCUGGUGACCUGUACAGGUGUACAGGGUGUCUCUUGCCCUGUGUCAGCUGGGAUAGCCCCCCCAAACCCUGCAGCAGAAGAGAAUGGAUGGCUGGAUGGAUAAUGGCAUAGACAGAAUUGAUCUGUAGUCAUUUUAUAGCUUGUGACUGGCAAGAGAAGGAGAUCAAAAAUGAUGUUUAAAUAUUGCAAAGAAAAAAAUACAGCUGUAUAUUGUACAUGUUGGAGUGAUAGAAAAUCACUCUUUUAUACAUUUUUUUUUUAAAUUUAUUUUUCAUUUAGUAUUUUCUGGGUCUGCACAUUUUUUUUCUUUCUGUUACUGGGCCUGUAUUUCUGUUUUCUUUUUA